CCCGAACAGAGGGUCGUGUUUUACCCCACGCCGUUUGUGUACCCAACUUUUCCGAGCAUAUAGUGUUUGUGUUUUGGACUUUCCCAUUUUUGGUUACUGAGAAGUUAAAAGGACAUGGAGACCAUCGUCCAAUAUUUACUCCUGGCUCUAGCGUUGACUUCAGUGCAAAUAUCCUACACUGAAAGCCGACUAAAUGAAAAACGGAGGGAUAAAACUGAAAGGAGGUAUCACGCCACACAGCUGAAGGACAAUAUAUGUGAAACAACAGACAGGGAAUCCAAAGUGCAUUGCUAUUGCGAGAACACUGAAGUAAAGACAGCCACAAGAGCAGACUGCUGGGUUUUCAAUGGAGGAAUAGAUGAAAGUAAUCCUAUAUGGUCUAGUUUCAGCUCUCAGCCGUAUUUGGAACGACUAACAUUUAACGUGAGAUCAGACGGUGCCCUCAAAUUCAUCCCGAUGCAAGUCAUACAUCGUUUGAAGCGCCUGCAAAAACUUUACAUCCAUUACGCGACAUUGAGUAAAAUAGAGAAAAAGACAUUUUCGAACAUGUCCACAGUGAGAGAAAUAACUUUGAUGAACAACAAAAUAAGCGAACUUGACUUUUCCUCGUUCACAAAUCUACCGGCGCUCGUAAACUUGACUAUAAAAGAAAAUAAAGUUACUGAGAUACAGAGGGACGUUUUUGUCGAUUUACCUUCCCUCAGAUGUCUCGAUUUGUCAUUUAACAGCAUUAACCUCGCACACGAUGGAUGUUUUGAACAUUUAACUGUGCUCAAUGAUCUGAUAUUAGAAGCCAAUUCAAUAACGAUAUUGACUAGAGAUACAUUCAGGGGCUUGGCUAAUUUGACGAGAUUGGAUCUGAGGUCUAACAAGUUGUCGAUGAUCGGGGACUUGACGUUCACUGAAUUGUGGAAUUUAAACGAGCUCCUCUUGGACAAUAACGAAUUGAAAUAUUUGUCAGAGAGGGCGUUCGACGGGCUCGUUCUUUUACAAAAAUUAUCAAUGACUGGAAAUAAAUUGAAGUCCAUUAAUGAGGGGCUUUUAGAAGGUGUUCGAGGGCUCGAUUUAUUAGAUCUGAGAAACAAUGAAAUAGAAUUCUUUAGUUACGAAAAUGUUAAGCCGAUAAUUGAAAAUUUGAAAAUGAAGACAUCCGUUCUUUAUCUGAGUGGUAACAAUCUGUCCUGCGACUGUCGGCUGUCAUGGAUCCAGUCACUAAAGAACGAAACGAAGAGUGAAGUACUUCGAACUGCCUUAGAUGACGUCACUUGUAUUCCCAUGGUGUCUGGAAAAAGCGAGCGGAUAUCCAAUGACGUCACGCAAUACGAAAUCAAAGAAUCGAAAAACAUUUUCGAAGUUGUCACAAGUAGUGAUUUGUUGCAACAGGAUGCUAAUGAUGGAGAAUUUUACGAAGAAACGAAUCAGUCAUUAAAGUCAGAUCCUACUGUGCAACCUUUGGUCAGAGAGCAAGUAACCGUAAUAGAUAUGCCCGUUGAUUCAUUACCGUGCCCGAGUGAACUGACCCAAAACAAGGAGGAUUCAUUGAUGCUUUCAUCAAAAGACGAAAAUUACUGGAGAACUAACUCAUGUAUUACAGUCCAUUCGAACUUAUUCACAGUGUUAUCGUUGUUUGUAAUGACUAUCUUACAGUGAACAUUGUUGAACUUGUCGUAAAAUCGAUUAAUGUGAAAUUUGCCUAAGUACAGUGUUUUGUCUCGCUGCUUUAUAUUUUACUAUGUAAGAAGAAAGACUGGUUAAGAUAUUUAAAUUAACAAUAGUAAAUUAUAUAAGAUUAAGAUUAAUAUAGGAUAUGUUGUCAACUCAGUGAUAGAAUUAAGUAUAAGUAGAUAUAAGUUAGAAGCUAAUAUUUUAACUACCAUUUCUCUUGAUGUCAUGGAUAAUAUCUCCUUUAUUAGUUGU